GCCAGGGCUCUCCAUAUCUUCGACGGAGACUCGAGUACCGGGACACAAGGCUCUACGUUCAGCGAGGCCCUGGUAGAAAGCGUGAAGACGAAAACAAGCCAAGUAAGCUCCAGCCCGACUAACCAGGCGGUGGGAAACUGAGCAUCGGCGGCGUGGUGGUCUUGAAAGCGGGUUGGGUUUGCGGCCAAUACGUGAAGAAUUCCUACCAGCCCACACUAAGGAAGCAGCUUGCAAUUGAACGAUAACUGAUCUGUGAUCUGUGACCAUGAAGAUGCCGACGCCCUCCUGGUCCAGUCUCAACAUGUCCUCCUGGAACCAGACCAACAAGAACUUCACAACCGAUGACGAUCUCUUUCCAUCGGGUUAUCUGGAAUCCAUCAUCAUUCCGGUUUUCUACUGCGUGGUGUCGGCAAUAGGACUGACGGGGAACACUCUAGUCAUCUACGUGGUCCUCCGGUACGCCAAACUGAAAACUGUGACGUACAUGUACAUCAUGAACAUGGCUUGUGCAGACGAACUGUUCCUACUGUCGUUACCAUUCCUUGCCGCUUACUACGCCUUACACAACUGGCCGUUCGGACUGGUGGUCUGUAAGGUGGUUCUGUCCGUGGACGCCUUGAACCAGUUCACCAGUAUCUUCUGCCUGGUGGUCAUGAGCUUUGACCGCUACCUGGCCGUGGUGCACCCGGUCAAGUCCGUGGGGUACCGGACCCCCAGCAUGGCGCGGUACGUCAACAUCAGCGUGUGGGCAGUGUCUUUGGUCAUGACGUUGCCAGUCGCCAUAUUUGCCACGACAAAUGAGGGAAAGAAGCUGCCUGACGGAGUCAGCUGCAAUCUUCACUGGCCGGACAAGACCAUCGGUUCCCACGUCUUCACCACCUUCACUUUCGUUUUCGGGUUUGCCGUGCCCCUGUCCAUCAUUGUCGCCAGCUACAUUCUCCUGACGCGCCGGCUGAGAAGUCUCAGCAACAAGACUCACUCUCGCGAGAAAGAACGAGCUUACCGGCGGAUCGAGCGCCUCGUCUACACCGUGGUCUUCGUCUUCGUCAUGUGCUGGAUGCCCUUCUACGUCUUCCAAAUCGGGAGCCUGGCCGGUCUCUUCGAAUACAUCAACGACGUCGACGUAGAGAGCGGGAUUUUCCACCUGGUGAGCGCCCUGAUGUACGUCAACAGCUGCUGCAACCCGCUGCUGUACGGCUACCUGGACGAGAACAUCAAGAGAUGCAUACGAGAGGCCGCCUGCUCCCCGGUCGGCAGUACACCGUUAGGAGCUCCGCCUGUCGACCUAGAGCUUCGCCCUGAGCCCUCCCGGUCCCCCCGACUGGAAGGUCGGAUAGACGGCGUUACGACCCCCCACCGAACAUUGACAACGGCCCUGACCAAUUACGAACUUACCCGAUCUCCACGGAACUCUCCUUCACCAAGCCCUCGGCUCGCUCGGUACAUCCUCGGGAGGGAGCAGACCAUCAUCCUCCAGCACGGCACGCCGCCCGGCCUCGGGGCCUUCCUACGCCCGCCCACCCCCAGCAGCCUGCCCGAGAAGGAAGAGAACGGAAGCGUAGUCGAAACCCCUCCACAUAAGAUGCAUGAUCUUCACAAGUCCUCUGAACAUCUGGCAACUACUACAGUCUAGACGAGCAACGACAAUUCGGUCCAAAAAACGUUGUCAUUGUUCGUCGAUGGAGAUUAAUAAGAUACGCAAAUAGCAAUAACUCAAGCAACUGGAUAUGAUUUUGGAGGUGCUUGAAUAAUUGCUAUUUGGCGUAUUUUAUUACCUGGAUGCCUAACCAGGUUAAACUUCCUGUCUGACCUCCAUCGACGAACAACGUCAACGUUUCUUGGACCGAAUUUGAGUGCACCCGACUGCUCCAGAGAAUGCCUACGACUGCACGCGACUGUCUAUACCGAUGUGCACACGACUGCCUACAAGUGUACCUGACUGUCUAAAAUAUAUUGGACAUGAUUGAGACAACGAUGGUAGUUCCCUUAGGAUGCCAAAUACAACGGCCUUGUGGCAAAGAGUUUUAAGCUUAUUCAUUAGAACAUAUUUAAAAGUGACCCUUUCCUUCUAUCUGGCUUGACUAAUACUUUAAGCAAUACCGGCAAAGCCUUUGGAAGUACUCAACGGUCCAACACAAUCCAUUGAACGUCGGAUGACUAAGUGGGGAGUACUUAGAAAUUUUCCCGGAAAAAGUACAAUUGAUUCGUAUGCUUAGUAAUUACACUCACAUGUUAAGUAAUUUUACGAGUAGAUCUAAAUUGUAUUCGGUAAAAUUGUAAUACACUCGGUAAAUUCCCAAAAUGCUCAGUUUAUCGUAAAUUCGCUGGGUAUACUAAGGCACAUCUUUUGUCACAACUUUAAUACGAGUAGAGUAGAGUACAGCAGAUAUCUUCAAAAGACAGUCUAUCAUCUAAUUAACAAUAAAUCAACAAUUAAUAGAGUAUAUUUACUUAACUAUCGGAAGGGCUCAACAAAUGUUUUAAACAAUAUUUCUCUGUAUUAGAUUUUUCAAGUUUCCUUAUAACAUCUUUGAACGUUGAUUAUUACUCCAACGAUGAAGCUAGUGUCAUUAACCAUGGAGGUUGCAAUAACUCCUCGCUCGACUGUGGGUUGCCAAUCCUACGUAGGAUUUUAUUUUACAUAAUGCUUUUUUAUUCCAGUUAAAAUGAAUUAUUUCUUGUGUUUGAAACAUGAGAUUUUCCAUUAGCUUUGAUACAUUACCGUUGGCAAAAUUCAUUCGAUAUCAAUUCAAUUUCGUAACCUUUUACUUUCGAUAAGAACAUUUUGGUUUUGGUACAGGGGGUUGGACUGUAAUGAUUUUAUUAUCAUCUUUUAGAAACUCUAGGCCCUAUCGACUUUUUGUAUACUAGUAACUAUAGCUGUUUGUCCCUUCUGAAACACGUUGUUGUCAUUCCGUUUUCACGUUAUAUUGGGAUCAGACUUUCUUUUUUGUAAUUGCAACAUAUAUUUUUUAAUCAUUACUGCAACAAAAGCAAUAUCCGUGCAAAAAGUGCCAAAAUAUUUUUUAAAAUCACUUAUGACGAGAUUCUGCCAUUUGUUUGUGUCAGAUUGUGAGGAUUUCAUGAUUCUACAUGUAACUUGCAUUGGUAGAGAUGACUUGGGCAAAAAUGUUUCUGCAAUUAUCAAAACUGGAGCAAAUUAUUUUCAUGAUCAUUACAUUAAUGAGAAAAUACUACAAUUUCCGUGUAUCUCCCGCGGCUCAUGACUACAAUAUUCAAGAGAUAAAUCACUAGACCUGUGAGGAGGGGUUAGGUUUUAAGCUCAAGACGUUAUAAUUUGUGGAGGUCUAUUUUUAUUUGCAAUAUUAACAAUAAGACAUUUUUGUUGUUUUUAACAACUAUUCCCCAAAAGUGCGGGUUGACGUUAAGUCCCGUGCUUAUUUCUAAUGUACUUGUUUGAGAUGUACUGAGUGACAGUAGAUGUAAAAUGCCGCAUGGUCUACAAUAUGCCAUCUCACAGUACCGAGUGCGUAGGUUCGGUCAUAAUACACCGUGGUCUAUGUCAAAGUUCAAGUUCCAUUCGUUAAAUGUAGACGUUUUGCAACGCUCUAGAUUCUUUAUUAGAGGCCUACACAUAUUUUCAGUAAAUAAUAUUGGUAUAUGUAUGUCAAAUCAUGUGUACAUAUGUAAAUUCAAAUUUGUCUGACAACUUUAUGUUUAACCAUCCAAGAUGGCGGAAAAAACUUACGUCAUGGUCACGUGAGUGCAGACACGUGCUGUAAAAGUCUCUGUGUGAAAGUCACGGAUUGUAUCUGCGUGAAGUCUAUCCUUGGAAUUCAAUGAGGUGACGUCCGGUGCUACAUGAUUGCGUGUUAUAAUACAUGGACCGAGUAAUAGUAAGUUUUGGGCCUGUCGUCAAGAUUGUGAAGUUGAGAAUCAAUGUAUUUUUCGAAUGUAUUUUGCUGUGAUUGUUGAUCACCACAUCGUUGACAAUAAAUGUGUUUCU